GGGAGCUCGUGCGGCCGCCGGCAUCGAGGGCGUGACCGCGAGGGUGCGGGUCCCUGCGAGCUCCGAGCCGGCUGCUGCCGGAAGCGUCCGCGCUAGUCCAGCUGCUGCAGGUGAACGCCGGGUUUUCCUUGGCCCCCGUCGGGCCGCUCCGGCCUCUCCCUCGCAGCCUUCCUCACUGCCCGGCGCCUAGUACAUACCUGGUAGACAAAACUUAAGAAAGGGAAAACAGCUGCUUGUAGGGAGUCAUGCUGAGGGACACUAUGAAAUCUUGGAAUGAUAGCCAGUCAGACCUCUGCAACAGUGAUCAGGAAGAGGAAGAAGAGAUGAUCUUUGGUGAAAACGAAGAUGAUUUGGAAGAGAUGAUGGAUUUAAGUGAUCUGCCUACCUCACUUUUUGCUUGUAGUGUCCACGAAGCAGUGUUUGAAGUGCAAGAGCAGAAGGAGAGAUUUGAAACACUUUUCACCAUCUAUGAUGACCAUGUCACAUUUCAGUUGUUUAAAAGCUUUAGAAGAGUUAGAAUCAACUUCAGCAAACCUGAAGCAGCAGCACGAGCACGGAUAGAACUCCAUGAGACAGACUUCAAUGGGAAGAAGCUGAAGCUGUAUUUUGCACAGGUUCAGACUUCUGGUGAAACCCAGGAUAAAUCCUAUUUACUGCCACCGCAACCAACCAAACAGUUCCUCAUCUCCCCACCAGCUUCUCCUCCAGUGGGCUGGAAACAGGGCGAAGAUGCCACACCACUUAUCAAUUACGAUUUACUCUGUGCUGUCUCUAAACUGGGGCCAGGAGAGAAAUACGAACUUCAUGCAGGAACCGAGUCCACACCCAGUGUGGUGGUUCAUGUCUGUGAAAGUGAAACUGAGGAGGAAGAAGAAACCAAAGUUCCCAAACAGAAAAUCACCCAGACCAGGCGUCCAGAAACUCCAAACACAGCAGCCAUUGAGCCUCAGCCCUUCUGACUGAACACUGAGGCCUCUGGGUAGUGGAGGCAGCUGCCUUCCUGCUCUUCAGUAUCGGGAAUCCUACCUCCUGCUGAUCUCAGCAUUGCUGCUCAUGAGUGGGUGAAACAAAAGUAGUGUGCCCAUUCUUGUGUGCUCAGUGGAGAGGUGGCCGCUAAUUGUACCUGCUCACAAUGGCAACCGAUACUCACAACAGCACUUUAAAGGAUUUGUCCCAACACGUGGCAAAUCUUGAUCAUUUCUAAACAGUAGCAAUUUCUCCCUGGCCAUGUUCAUUCCUCCAGUCCUGCAUAGUAUGGUGGAGCCUAAAACUGAAGUUGUAGUCAUUGAGUACAGAACCAUUUGUAUGGAUUUAAAAAUAGUCUUAGAAUUUUAAUAAUCUCGUGUGGGUAUUUUUGUACUGAUGUGAUAGCUUCUCACUAACCUAUUGAUCAGAGGUGAAUUGUUUGAUUCAGCAUACAUAAAUUUUUGGUUUUGCAUGAGUGUAGAC